AACAUUAGUUUCAACCCUACAUCAGACUGUUUUGGGCUCUCUCGAGAAAAAUUUUUCAUUAAAAGCUAUUUAGUUGGAAAAGAACAGUGCAAUAAGUAGUAUCACAAUCCAAAAGGAAGGUGAAUUUUAUAGAGCAAAGCUAAUGGACUUAGCCGAGCAAAUCGACGAUUUUAUUCCUUCUGUACAAUCAAAUCACUCCGAUAUGGAUUCACUCAUCAUGCUUAUCUUUAUUGUUAUAAUAACAUCGUUAUUUCUCGUAUGGCUGGGAAGAUUUUUAUAUCAAAAGUACGUCGCACGAAAGGCUGUGCCUUCUUCGACAGCUGCCACACCUUCAACAACAACACCCGGUAGUCCAUCAGUUGCAACAUCACCGCUUGUUGCGAAAUCAGUAGCAUUGCAGUCAUCGAAACCUUCACCUUUUACUGGAUCAGUUGGAUCACGAGGGGCUGGUGCUUCAUCAGUCGCGAAGUCACGAUCAAUGAGUCAACAAUCAUUGAAUAAUUCUGGCGUACGUAAACGAUUGACGAGACGAAGUCCUGGACCUGACAUCCAACCGAGACGAUCACGAAGCAUUCCACCACCAGCGAUUGUCAUCACGAUGGAUGUUGAGACGACGAUUGUAGUGCAGGUCAAGGCUUUUAGACAGUUGUCUGGUAAAGCAGAUGUUUUGCAUUAUCGCGUGACAAUUCGAUUCAAAGGCCAUUUGAGUGUCACAAUGAACUACAUGACGCUCGUUGGUGACAUGAGAAUCGAAGGUUAUCCGGAAGUGAAGAUCAACAUCGCAGCUAUUGGACCGAUUAAAACAACAGGAAAAGAAGAAACUGAAAUGCAAGAUUUGAUCAGUGAAUCGUUGAAUUUGACGAUUCGUGAAGCUUUGUAUCCAAUUGACUUUUCAGUUCAUGCGACAUGCCCACGAGCUCUUAAAAUGGAGCCCGACGAUUUCUACAACAAUCGUCCAAUGGAUUUUCCUAAUCCAUUCGAUUAUAUGGAACGUGAUCAUCAUCAACAACAAAUGCAACAACCAUUUGAACGUUCAGCACGAAGUGGAAGUUUCAACCAACCAAUAAUGUCAAUGACCACAGCAAAUCGUCGCUUACUUGUGAAGAUUGUGAAAGGAGAAACAUUGAUGCAAGCGAAAGAUCCUUAUGUGACUGUGGAGAUGGAUGAACCACCACAGAAGAACCAAACAGGUGCAAGACAAGGAACAAGUCCAUUCUGGGAUGAACAUUUUCUCUUUGAUUUGUCGCCAUCAUCAUCAGAGAUUCUUUUCGAAGUUUACGAUCGACCAGCAAAUCCAAAUGAAUAUCCGAAAUUUCUUGGUCUUGGAUUGGUUGGAAUUGACGAACUUGCUGUUGGUCCAUCGUCAUCUCAGAUCAUCACACUUCAACCACGACCAUAUGAAACCGAUCCUGUAUCUGGUGCAAUUAAUGUUGAAUUUGUUUUCAUUGAAGGCGCUCAAGUGCCUAUCGGACGACGUCCUUAUAAACUCAAGGAAGCUCUUAAACUCGAUCCAAAUCAAAUGGAUCAAUUGAUGACAUCACAAUCACCACAAUCAUCAUAUGAAGCGCCAUCACAUAACAUCAACGUACCACGUCACUCGCCAAUGCUUCAACAACGGCAUCAACAACAACAAUCACCAUACAUGAAUGGAAAUGAUCGGCAUUUGAAUGUGAAUCCUAAUUCAAUAUCACCAAGAUCUACCUCACCAUCAAGAGAUGAUUUAAAUAGCUUAAGACCAAUCAAUAAUAAUUCUAGCCAAGCACAUCAACAACAACAGCAACUCCAGCAACGUCACAGCGGCGGUCUCAGCGUGACAAAUAGCAGUAAACAAUAUCCUUAUGAUAACAGCAGCAGUAAUGUGUCACCGUCAUUGUCAGCGAGAGGUGCGGUAACAUCAACGCCCUUGAAGCCUUUAAAUAGUUUGAAUGUUAAGAUAAGUAUGAUACAACAAGAGAAGGAAUCAUCAGCAGAACCUUUGACCGGUAACAUAAUGGAACGUGGACGAGAAAAAAAGAAGACAACAAUCUUUGGAACUUUGAAGAAACGUUUGUCGAGAUCAAAGACGAGGAAUGGGGAUACAACAACUAAUGGAACGAGUAAUGGAAAUGGCUACAACAACGAUCAUUCGAAUGAAUUAAAUAAUGGAAUGGAUUCACCGAGAGAUACGCUGUCACAAUUAAGAAGUUCAACUCUUAAAUCACCAACAGGUGGAACAUUGACGAGACUUGGAAUUUCAGGUUCACGUCGUUCAUCACUCUCAGAAAUGUCAGGCGUAAGUCGCAUGUCGAGUAUUUCGAACAAAACAUUUGUGCACGAAGCAUCAAGCUUAGUGUUGGAAGUUAUCGAGAAUGGUGUCAAAAGGCAUUAUCUUGUUCCAAUAAACAUCGCUCAGAAGCCGCGAUGGCGUCGAAAGGGAACAAAGUUGCACAUUUAUAAUGAUCACACUUUCAUUGCAAAGCAUUUACCAAGUGGCUUAAUCUGUGAAAUCUGUAUGCAAUCAAUUCCUUACCGGAUGGGAAAGCAGGGCUACGAAUGUCGCGAUUGUUUGAUGAAAUGCCACAAGCAAUGUCAUGUACGAACACCGCAAAUUUGUCCCAAGCCGACCAUUCAAUCAAUCGAGUUGUGCAAGAUAUCCGAUGCUGAUACCGCUAUACGAAAAUUGUAGAACACUUGCGCUUUUAGGCUGACAAUGAUGUUUAGCACAUGACACAAUAUUCAUAAGAUGUAUCUAAUAAUCUUUCAUUCAUGAACACAACACUUCACUACUAUUCAUUAAGUAAACACGAUAAUAAGGGCAAAAGUGUUUGUUUAGCGUUCUCUAACAAUCGAUAUUGAUGACAAUUUUUUUGAUACAAUUUUUAUUGUGCAACGUUAGCGAUCGUGGGUGGUUUAAGGUGGGGAAAUGGAACAAAGUUCCAUGAUUUUAAUUUGUUUUAUGUUUAUUAUUAUUUGUUUUUGUUUCAUGCUAAAUGGCAACUUAAUUACCUACUCAAUUAAAUUGGCACAACUUAAAGAAAUUUACUUAGAAGCUUUCGCUAAGUCAUUUUGGGGAAUAUUUUUAAAUGUUGUCGCGUUUUGUUUUCGUCCUUUGCAAUCAAUCAAUUAAAGUGAUUUAUUUUUGUUUAUCAUAAGCUCGUGAAGAACCUUGGAAAUCUCUUGUAAAGAGUCUCUUGGUAAUUAAAGAAACAAAGAAAUUUUACUUUUAUUAUUUCUUAUUAUUUGCUUGUUUUCUGAAGAAAAUUAAAGUAAAAUGUCUCUAAUCAUUUGAUGGCUGAUGAAUCCUAAGUUUUACUUAAUAAUACUUAUGAAUGGUGUAAAGUCACUUAAAAGUUUGCAAAUAAUAAAAAAGAUUCUCUUUAUUCAAAGAUUUUGGAUAGUGUAAGAGAAUUAAAACGAUUUUCCUGUCUAUAUUUUAAUUCAUUUCCUUUAUUUUUCCAUUCUCAUCACUUUAUUUUAUUUUCUUUUCCUUUUUCUUCUUCAUUUUCUUUCCUGUUUCCAACACUGAAGGCUCAUCAGCCGUUUCAGUUUCUUUUUCAGAAUUUUUCUUCUUCUUUUUCUUCUUUUCCUGAUUGACAUCCGCAGUUGCUUCUGCAAGAUUUGCUGGAACUUCUUCUGAUUCUGAUAACUUCUUCUUCUUCUUUUUUAUUGAAGAUUUUUCUUCAGAAUCUUCUGACUUUUGCUUCUUCUUUUUAAUCUUCUUUUCAUCUUUUUCAUUUUCCUGGUCAUUUUCGUUAAGUUUUCUUUUCUUGUCCUUUUUCUCUGUUUUCAUAUCAUUUUCUUUUGUUUGAUCGUCAGACUUCAGUGCAACUUUAACAACUUUCUUUGUCUUACGAUCAAUACGCAACUUCUUGGAUUUCUUAGCAAGUUGUUCAUUGAUUUUAUCCAGUUUUGAUUGUUUAAUACCAACUUCGACUGGAACUUCAACAUCGUUUGGAUCAAUUUUCGAGUAAUAAAUUGGGAUGCUAACUUUGGAGUUUCGCAUGGGCUUUAAGUAUAAGCGACUAAUAUUCUUCCAUCCACCAGGCCAUUUCUCUUUUAAUUGUUCAAGUGCUGAAGUGAUGUUAUCAACAAACUUCGAGUCUUCCAUAUUAUGAACACCAACUUCGAAGAUUGAGAAAUUGCUAUUGGAGCUGAGCUUAAACGAGACCUUUCGGUUUGCCUUUUCAAUAGCUAAUUUCAUAGUUUCGGUCUUGCUUGUGUCGAUUUGGUGUGGACGUUUGCGUUUCUUAAUGAAAUGCUUUCCAAGAAUUGUGUAUGUGUGAUCAGCAAUUUCUUGUUCUACUAAGAACAAAUCGUAAGUAUUGAGAAGUUUAAGUUUCAUAUUGUUCGGUCCAAAGUCUUUCUUCAACUUUGAAAGAGGAAGAAUUGUUUUGAUGCCAGUUAUUCCAGAUUCCUUAAGUUUUUCUUCGAACUUCAUGAUUGCUUCUUCAACCGAACGAUCAGUUUUCUUCAUUUUCAAAUCACGAAUGAUAAAGCAAACAUCAGGCUGCUGCUCACCAAACAAUGAAUGCUCCAAUGAACUAGAAUUUUAUAUAGUGUGUGCUGGAAUUUUUGGAGUUUUUAAAGCGACAACCUGAAGUCCAUAGCGUAAUUCUUCAUCGAAUAACUUAGCAGUUGCUGAUUCCUUUUCUUUUUCAAUCCCGGCCUUUGCAGCUUUCACUGCUUGUUUAAUUACACUUCGUUUUGCAAGCUCUUCUGGCACUUCAGCUGGGACCUCGGUAGGUGACUCUUCAGUUUUUUUCUUAGUUUUCUUUUCUGACUUUUUAGCUUUAGAAAUCUCUUUCUUAGCUUCCUUAACCAGAGGAAUAACUUCUUUCUCGAUGCUUCCACCAAGUGCAGAUGAUUUAUUUACUUUCUUUGACUUUUUCUUCAAUUUCCCAUCAUUGAUUGAUUUGACUCUGUCUUUUGGACUGUUUUCAUCAAAUUGAGUAGCUGAUUUCGGUUUCUUCUCAAGAUUUUUAACUUUUCCCAUUCUAUUCUUUUUAAAAAUAUAAAUUUGCGUUUUUAUUUCAAGCACGUUGGUUUUUAUUUUCUGAAAGAUAGCAAAUUC